AUGCGGCUCUGGCGCGAAUCUCAGCGAGCAUCGCCGAUGCGAUGGUGGAGCGGCUCGCGUGUGAGAAACGCCGCCCUGUCAUUUGCUACGCCGUUAUUGGCCGCGCCAUGGGACCCCGUGGGAACGCUCCGAGUCACUUAUGGGAACACGGGCACACGUGAACCCCUCCCGGAACUCGAAAAUGCCGCCGCUCCGUUCCUAGAAGACUCCACUAAUGUAGACUGCGAGGUAGAGCCCCAAUUGCUGCUGACUUGCUCUGCGAUUUCGCUGCUUAGACGAAAAUUCAAACAGACUCCUCUUACUGGCUACACUUUCUUGUGUCGUUUU